GUUCUACUCCUCCUGCGUGCUGCUCGGUCUGGAGUUCCUCCAUCAGAACCACAUCGUUUACAGGGAUCUGAAGCUGGAUAAUCUGCUGAUGGAUGCUGAUGGUUUUGUCAGGAUAGCAGACUUUGGUUUGUGCAAAGAAGGUAUGGGACACGGGGAUCGUACCUCGACUUUCUGCGGCACGCCCGAGUUUCUGGCUCCAGAGGUUCUGACUGACAACAACUACACUCGCAGUGUGGACUGGUGGGGGCUGGGGGUUCUCAUCUACGAGAUGCUGGUGGGGGAGUCGCCCUUCCCAGGCGAUGAUGAGGAGGAGGUGUUCGACAGCAUCGUCAACGACGACGUGCGAUUCCCUCGCUUCCUGUCUCCAGAGUCGGUGUCGCUCGUUCAGAAGCUGCUGCAGAAGAAUCCUGAGACGAGACUCGGAGCAGGAGAAGAAGACGCCUCGGAAAUCAAAAGACACAGAUUCUUCCAGGGAAUGGACUGGGACGCUCUCCUGGCCAAGAAGCUGAAGCCGCCGUUCCUGCCGGUCAUCAGGGCGCCGCAGGACGUCAGUAACUUUGACGAGGAGUUCACUCGCCUCAAGCCGGUGCUCACGCUUCCACGGACUCCGUGCAUCCUCACCGCCGAGCAACAAGAGAUCUUUGCCGACUUUGACUUCUCGUUCAUGAGAUGACCACCGGAGGGCGCCCUCUUCGACAAACCCCUGGAGACGACAACACUGCCUUUUUGUAUCAGAACCAGUCUGUCAGAGGCUGGAAUAAAGAUGGACGACGUGACGGCUCCCUCACUGAGGCCAAAACAUCUGGAUCGCCCCCUGGUGGCUGGCUGUAGAAUACUUCAUAAACAUCACGAUUGACAGCUGAGACUGACUUGUGAUUGGUUGAGUGCGUGUAUGGGCGGGACCUCGACACCACAGCUCCACCCAUUGAUCACUUCUGCACAGACUGACUGCAAAUGACAUCAUCGCCCCAAGAUGGCAGCGUUUGUCUCUGAGAUAUUUUGGCCGGCCAGUCAGAGGAAGUGAGACGUGUCGUCCAUCUUUACUUAGUCAGUGGCCAUCACUCACUCACUCUGAUUUCAUGACUCAGCGUUUACUGCCGUCUCAUUGACCUAUGUUUUUUUAUUGGGAUGUAAAAUACUGGGAAAUAGUUAAUUUAUAAUGUUUCUCAGUGUUUUUCUUUUUAAAAUAAUAUGACAGAACAAACCGGCCUGUAAAGUGUAAAACUACAUGAAGGAAAUAUGAAUGAAUAAAUUUAAUUCAUCAAACAUUGAUUUAUUCAAGUUUACAGUAAUUUCCAAAGUAGUAAAAAACAUUAGUACAGUAUUGCAUAUAAUCCAGAGGUACAUGAAUGAAUUCAUAGAAUAAGUUAAUUCAUCACGAACACCACACUUAUUGCUCUUUCACAAGUUUCCAUUACACAAACACAAACAGCACAAACUCUUUUCUGCUUCACUUUCACUUCUCGAUCAAAACACUCGUACAAAAGUCUAAAGACGUUUUCUACCUGAAAAUAAAUAAAUGAUAAAUACGAUGUUAAAACAGCUUAAAGUCAAAGUGGUUAGAUGAACACUAGUGAUGAUACAGUGCAGUUCUUCAACCUUUACAUUUCCAAAAAUAAGAUUCUCUGACUUUGGCUGCAUCUGCUGUUUCAGUUAAAAAAUAAAAAAACCGCUGUUCAGUGUGGACGCAGGUGUAACCAUA